AACAAAAUAAAUUGUCAAAUUACGAAAUAUCGUGUCGUGCGAGGUCGAUUGUUUGUAUGAAACUUUUAUUAAAAUAUCAAGAGCUUAAAGCUAAUAUUUUCUUAUCGGGAUUGUUUGUUGUAUAAUGGACGUAUAAGGACAAUAAAUAAUUAAACAAAUAGCGUCAUGGUUGUAUCACCACAAAGUCCUGCUGCUGACGCCCAAAGUGUACAAGGAAGGAAAGCCAAUAUGGCGUCUAAACAGACAUCUGUAGCAGACACAAGAACUGAAUUAGCAGAUCUGGUAAAAAGAAAGGCUGAAGUAGCUGAAACUUUAGCAAACUUGGAACGCCAGAUUUAUGCUUUCGAGGGAUCAUAUUUGGAAGAUACUCAACUCUAUGGAAACAUCAUUAGAGGAUGGGACAGAUACCUUACCACCAACAAAAGUACAAACUCCAAGGCUGAUAAACGUAACAGAAAAUUCAAAGAGGCUGAAAGAUUAUUCUCUAAGUCGUCAAUCACUUCUAUGGCUGCUGUCAGUGGACUCGUGGACCCUGCUGAGGCUAAGAAUGAACGAAACAGUGAAACCGAAUCUCAAACUAAUGAGGAUUCAUCAGACACUCAAAUCAGCACCGGAUUGAAUAUUGGCAGCCUAAAUCAUACCACUAUUCACGGUUCAACUGAGAGCAUUGCUUCCAAGCCUUCAGGCAAACAGCACACUAAUGGCAUUGAUAAGGUGUUGAGUCAUGCCCAGACAAAGCAAAAUGCUACUCAAAAGAUAGCAACAUCAUCUGGCAUGUUACACAAAGCAUUUGGGUCAGAUAACAAAAUGUUGGCUGCUGUUGGAUUAGAUAGCCGCCCGGGAACUCCUAAAGAAAAGGACCCCAGCUUGGGAUUGCUGACCAAAAGUGAUAACACACCUAAUCCACUGAAACAUAAGUUGUCAAAUAACAACAACUCCAAUAAUAUUAAGAAAAAUAACAACAAGAAAGCAAGACAUAGAUAAAUUAUUUAAAUUAAGAGAUAAUUAAUUUUAAUGAUUUGAAUAAACAUACCUCUUAAUUAAAAUUAAUAUUUCCAAUAAUAUUAAAGUCUGAUUGUUUGAAUACAGUAAACAUAGAAGCUUUUAACAACUGAAGAUGAUAGUCUUGCAGUACUUACUGAAUCUUUGAUUUUAUAUUAUCAAUAAAUGCAUGCAUCAAACAAUAGGUAUUGCGCCAAGAUACUUAAUGAAAGGACCUUUUUUUAUCAAAAUAUAGGAUUUAAUUUCUAAUAUAACAUCUUUGGUGUGUGUAAAUAA